CUCUCCUCAAACAACAGCGGCACAGCGCUCGAUUCGGCUUCGCCUCGACUCGCGGGCUCCCCUCGCAAAGCUCUAAACCCCUCUGAGAGAACCUAUCCGGGCCACCACAACCGCCACCCAUGGACGGCGGCGACGCUCCGGCGGCGGGAGGCGGGAAGGUGGCGUGCGCGGCGUGGAUCCGGCGCCGGGAGGACAAGUCGGCGGCGGCGCCGGCGCGGGUGUUCGCGGCGUACGGCCGGGCGGGGGCGGCCGGCUCCCCGGCCGCUCUCGAGGUGCUUGGCUUCGACGCCAAGGAGUGCUCCCUCUCCCCCUCUCCCCUGGCGAGGGCCGUGAUCGGGGACGGCGGCGCGGGUGACGCGCCGCGCGGCAUCGCGGUGCACCCCGCCGGUGACGAGCUCGUCUGCGCCACGGCGAAGGGCUGCAGGUUAUUCAAACUGAUAUUUGAUGAGUUCACAGUACGCAUUAUUCCAAGAGAUGCUCCUCUACUAGAAUCUGUUGGACCACAAAAGUGUCUUGCUUUCAGCACAGAUGGUGCAAAAUUUGCAAUUGGUGGAGAGGAUGGACAUCUCAGAAUAUUCCAUUGGCCAAGCAUAAAAGUGCUUUUGGAUGAGCCCAAAGCUCAUAAAUCCUUCCGAGACAUGGAUAUCAGCUUAGACUCAGAGUUCUUAGUUUCAACAUCCAUUGAUGGAUCUGCGAGAAUAUGGAAGAUAGAUGAGGGCGCACCACUGGUCAAUUUGACUCGAUCCUCGGAUGAGAAGAUCGAGUGCUGCCGCUUUUCUAGGGAUGGCAUGAAACCGUUCCUGUUUUGCACUGUUGCAAAAGGUCCCAAAGUUGUUACAGUUGUCUGGAACAUAAGCGAUUGGGAGAGAAUUGGGUACAAAAGACUUCUGGGGAAGCCUAUCUCCACACUCUCAGUUAGCUUGGAUGGGAAGUAUCUGGCAUUAGGAAGCCACGAUGGUGACUUCUGUGCUGUUGAUGUGAAGAAAAUGGAAGUUUCCCACUGGAGCAAGAAGGUCCAUCUUGGCUCCCCAGUCACCUCCAUUGAAUUUUGUCCUAGUGAAAGGGUUGUAAUCUCCACAUCACAUCAGUGGGGAGCAGAGCUCACGAAACUGAACGUGCCUGCCGACUGGAAAGAAUGGCAGGUCUGGCUCGUACUCCUGGCGCUCUUCCUAGCCUCCGCCGUCCUGUUCUACGUGUUCUUCGAGCGAUCAGACACGUUCUGGAACUUUCCCAUGGGGCGGCACCAGCCGGCGAAGCCAUGGAACGUGCUCAAGGAGUCUCCUCCGGUCCCCGAGGACCAGACUCCAUGGUGAUGGUAUUGCUUCCAUCGCGUCAUCUGUGAAGAGAAGAGCGAUACUGUCCCAGACCCAACAAAGCCACCGCGUGCUGUUUAUCUUGUUACAAUUAUAAAUCGUCCAUGCUUGUUCUACCACUCUCAGCCAGUGACCACGCAAGUUUGUAACCCUGGACUGCCAUAAACCAGGUGAUAGUAAUUGAACAUUCUGUCUUCGUGCGAGUGUCUGAGUGUGUAUCCAGGUAUUACCAUGCCGACCACUGUCCUGCUUCCUGAUGACGAGGUGGCUGAUUUCCUCGUCUUUAUUUAUACGUUUUGGGAUCAAGAGAAAUAAAGGAGCUAAAACCUCUUUGCUAUUC